AUGUCAGAGAUUAUCGGAAGAGACUUCGGUAUCUACCUCGAGCACGGCAAUGAUGCUAAAGCCAUGCACCUACAGCAACAGCAGAUAAUCCAGCAAAAUGAGUUGAUGCAGGCCAUCCAUUUUUCUGCCAUCGCCUUCCUGGAACCUCGGUGUUUGUUGGAGUAUCCCGUCGCAGUGGCCGCCAUCUUAGCGACCGUUGCUGCUGUUGCCGUGUGGCUUCAGACAAGACCCCAGAGAAAGGGCAUCCUCCCUCCGGGCCCCGGAGGCACUCCGCUUCUGGGUUUCCUGCCCUUCCUUGGCAAAAACCUUCAUGUAAUGUUCAGAGACCUCGCUGAAAUCUACGGUCCUGUCGUGAGAAUAAGAGUUGGAACCGCCAAUAUCGUGGCCCUGAACAGCUACGACUCUAUCAAAAAGGGCCUGUCCAACAGCGCCAUACAGGGUCGCUCUCGCAGCGUGUUCCUUGACCAAUCCAAGUCGCCAGGCGUUGCAACUCUCAACGGAAAAGUGUGGCUAGAGAACCGUCAAAUGUGUUUGAAGCUGCUUCGAGAACUUGGAAUGGGAAAAACGUGCCUCGACGAGAAGAUUAGGGACGAGGUACGGUGUCUCCUGAGUCAAAUUUCGGAACUGAAAGGAGAGCCUGUCUUUGUCAGCAAGUACACCACACCCAGCAUAUCGAACAACAUCACGGGCCUCCUGUUCGGGAGAAGGUACGACUUCAACGACCCGCGGCGCGUCUACCUGGACGAGAACAUGGACGGCGCCGGAAAGGCCCUUUCGUCCGGAUCACUCGUCAUGUUCCUCCCCACCUGGGUGUACACCAUCGGGGCCCACCUGCCCUUCACAAGGAUCUACGCCAUAAGACGCUGCUUUGCGAACAUCAUCAACUUCACCAGGGAACGCACCAAAGAAUAUCUACUGUCACUGGACGAAACUUACGACCAAAGUUUCAUCAAAAGCUACCUAGAAAAGACGACUGAUCACCAAAAGCGUCCGUCGCCUUACUUUAAGCCGGAGUACAUUCCGGGCAACGUGCUGACUUUCUUCGGUGCCGGCACCAACACCAUCAACCGCAUGGUCCUCUGGCACCUCCUCAACUGCGCCGACAAGCCGGACUCGGUCCAGAAGCGGAUCCAGGCCGAGAUCGACGAAGUGAUCGGCCAGGAGCGCCAGCCGAUGUGGGAGGACCGCCAUCGAAUGCCCUUCACCGCGGCCUGCGUCUGGGAGAUGCACCGCUGGAAGCCCGUUUCGCCCUUAGGAAUACCCAGAGGGGCCGAGGAGGACACAGAGAUCGAAGGCUACUUCAUUCCCAAGGGCACCGUUGUGAUAGGCAACAUCUGGGCCGUCCACAUGGACCCGAACCUGUGGAAGAAUCCCGAAGAGUUCGACCCGACGAGAUUCCUCGACGAGACGGGCACCAAGAUUUUACCCAAGCCCGACUACCUCAUCGCUUUUUCCGUUGGCAAGAGAAUGUGCCCUUCGGAAGCACUGUCAUCGUCGCAAAUCUUCGUCUACGUGACCAGCAUCCUUCAGAAGUUCAGCGUGCACCCCGAAGACGACACUACCCAAAUCAACCUGAUCACUGAUUGCGUCACGUUCAACACACCGAAGCCCCAGAAGUUACGCUUCAUCCGUCGAUGACUUGCGAAGGACAACGGAGGCGCCGUCAGCUCCUUUCAUCCGUGCGUGUCUGCUUCUUGCCGAAAAAAACUUCGCAUCGUGUGUUUGAAAUUACUUAAGAGCGUGCACAGGGUUUCUCCGUCGACAUACUUCGGACGCAAACCCGCGUAUUCGACUCGGA